UUGGGCAAUAAGUUACUGUCAAUGUCAAAGUCCAAACCGAUUCCAAACAAAUACAGAAUUUCUUUCUUUUUACGUUUUCAAUUACCUUCAACCUAGACGUUGGCGAAAUCAUCGAAAGUAAACGAUGGGGUCCACUAGUAAUUAAAAGAAGAAGAAAUACAAAAUUUACUUUACAGCUACAGAAUUACUAUAAAUUACUUAUCAAACAGCAAAAAAGCCAAAACUGAAAAACUUAUUUUGAAACGUUGGAAACUUUUCAUAGAACACAGAACGCUUAUAAGUUGUAGUUAAAUAUUUUGCAAACAAUAACUUAUAGCAUAAUUGGCACUAUGAAUUGAAGCUAUUAUUAUUUAAAAGUAAGGAAAAAUGUCUUGCGAGAUAAUAAUAAGGAGAGCCCGUGAAGGGGACGCAGUACAACGUGCCGAACUGAUCCAGAUGGGACUCCUGUCUUAUCAGUGGGAUUCAUUCAUAUACUUUCUGUUUCAAGAGCUGACUCUAGAAUGUGUGUUGCUGGGCAGUGCGGUGCUGUUCAUCUUCUGCGGUGCGGCGCCGGCGGGCUGCGCAUUGCUACUGCCCGCCGCAGCCGCGCUUGUGGCGGCCGCCGUCGCUGUCGCGCACCGUGCCCUCGCCUCUGCCCACGCACAGCGGAUGCGCGGAGAGAUGUUUGGCCUGGUGGCGGAGGCGCGCGGGCCGCUGCGACUGGGCGCGCCCCCAGGGCCCGUGCCCAUCUACACCGAGCUGCAACAUUGCCCUCCGACACAACAUGAUGUGCACUCUAAGGUGGUGGGCACGCUGAGCGUGUCUGCGUACAGGGCACCGGGCGAGCUGGCGCUGGACCACGAGGUCGGGUGGCUGCACGCGCUCGCCGUGCACACGCAAUGGCAGUGCCGCGGCACCUACGACCGCCGGCUGGUGGGCGCCGCGCUCACGCUGCAGCUGGCGCGCCUCGGUCUCGACCUGCCGCACGCCUAGCCUCGGGCCUGACGCAUUCAAUUGCUUUCUUUCUACAAUUAUAUAAAAGUCAUAAUCGCAGUUUAGCGUUUUUAAUCGAUUUUAUGUAUUUUUUAACAUGGGGUGGAUAUUGUAUUGCCACUUCAAUAUGUAUGGUGCUAAAGUUUUUAAUAUCGGCGUAUUGUUGAGUAGUUUAUGUGUAACAUGAAUUUGAAUACAUUUAUUGAUGUAUAAAAAUGUGCUCAAAGUAAUCUCCAUAACAUAAUUGUUCUGUGCUAAUCAUCUGACAGAGACUGAUAAAGUUAAUCAUUUAUAAAAACUGGUUUUGUUUCAUUUCGCUUAGCUUUUAAAACAUUUUUCACAUUCACCAAUACUUCCAGAAGAGUUGGGCCACUUGAGGCAA